AUGGAGAAAGACUCUCUCAAUUAUCUGGUCAAGCCAUGGCAAACAAUUGUGCCACGGGCCGAUCCCAAAACUGAGCACACCGACUUGCCACAUGAGAUCGAGCUUGUCGUAUUUCCAAUCGCCAAGAGGCUACGCCAAUCAUGUGUCGAAGCUGGCACUUGGGGCAUCAACCUCAAGGAUGCAUCCAAGGUGAAGGCACGGGCGCAAGACGAGACUGAUACAACGCCUGAGUCUGAGAGUCCCAAGAAGCGAAAGCGGGAAGACGGGGACGCAAGCCCGGCCAAGAAGCGACAGGUAGUACAAAUGUGUAGUGCGAGGGCGUUCCUCACCGUCGCCGUGGACAACGAUGAGGCAGAGGUGAAGUGGCUUUCGAAGGACGAAUGUGGCCAGGCCGCCCUAAAAGGCUUUGUCAAGUUCCAUCUGGGGCUGACGAUGAAGGAUUGGCAAGCCCGAUGCGUUACAAACUACGACCUCCAAGAACAACAACUCACCGACAUGUACAACAAGGAGAAGAUCAUCGCGCUGGCCGUACAAAGGCAGAGAGUGUCUUUGCUUAUUCUUUGCUUGCUCUUUGCUUGCUCUUUACUUAAUUCUUCCGGUUGCGGCUUGAGCUACGCGCAACAUCGCCCCCGAAGAAGACGCCUCAGCACCCCGGCCGAGGAACACAUAGCCGCCACCCCCUUGGUUGGCCUUCUGGGGGACACCAAGUUUAGAGCAAGCCGCCCAACAGGGGCUACGAUCAUGGGGCCCAACGACUUGACGACACAAGAAAAAGACCAGAUGCUUGGUCUGAUCAAGGCAUGGUUGAUAAUUAAAUAUAGAACCGACGCAAAGACGGUGGUUCCCACGCCUGAGUCAAGAGACCGCGUUUUCAACAUGAUCUUCCGGAACUGGCACACCGGUGCAACGCACGAAAUCGCCCUCCCGGAUUUCCCCAAGAAGAAGAAGCUAUUUGAGUUAGCUGUCGAAGCAGGGGUUUGGGUCAAAGAUCUCUUUGCAGAGGCUAAAGAAGACGAGCCCAAAGAAUGUCCGACCAAGAAGCGGAAGAGACAGGUCGAGGGCAGCCAAGGGUCGCCAAAGAGGAUACGACAAGAACUGACGAUGCACUCCGGGGUAGUGCCAAGGCAUUUCUCUCCGUCGUCAUCAACAAAAAGAGUGAACUAUGACUACCACGAGCAACGUCUGACCGACUACUACAACCAAGAGCUGGUCACGGCUUCGGUCAGGCAGCUGAUUAUUCAGUGGGCAAAGAAUGGUACAACUUCAUACGGGAUGCCAGUCGCCCACAUCAACUCAUGCCCGGAGCUGAGAGAGCCACAACUUGCGGCCCCCCGGAUUCGAGCAUACCACGAAAGGGCCGUUCUGGCAAUGGACAAAGCGCGACUCGCUACUCCCUAG